GUGGCGCGUAGCGGCCGCAGCAACGGCGCAUCUUCAGUGUGAGUCCGCUCGCGCCAAGUUCAAGUGCGGAAGAGGCGAUGCGUCCGCAGUGCGCCUUCCAAAUUUAAACUUUAAAAAAGUUUGUUUUGUUACUUCGAAAAAGUUUUUAAUUUGUUGGUAAAAUGUGUAAGUGGCCAGUUCUUUUUGUGAUUUUUGCAGCAGCGCUCUGUGUUUCACAGGGUGGUGAGGUAGAAGAUGAGAGCGUGGAGGGCAGGAAUAUCUUCGGGGGACUGUGGGGGAACCGACCCCCCAUGAUGGAGAAGAACGCCCUCGUCCAUCAGUGCUCCUGCAAAUGUGGCGAGAGGAACGAGGUGUCCCGCAUCGUGGGCGGCGAGGAGGCGGGCACCAACGAGUUCCCGUGGAUGGCGCGGCUCACCUACUUCAAGAAGUUCUAUUGUGGAGGCAUGCUCAUCAAUGACAGAUACGUGCUGACGGCUGCGCAUUGCGUUAAAGGCUUCAUGUGGUUUAUGAUAAAAGUGACGUUCGGCGAGCACGACCGCUGCAACUCGACCAGCCAGCCGGAGACGCGCUUCGUGCUGCGGGCCAUCGCCAACAAGUUCAGCUUCACCAACUUCGACAACGACAUCGCGCUGCUGCGGCUCAAUGACCGCGUGCCCAUGUCUGAAGCCAUCAAGCCUAUUUGUCUGCCGCCUGAUGAUAAGAGUCUCUACGUCGGAGUCAAAGCCGUCGCCUCGGGCUGGGGCACCCUCUCAGAGGAGGGCAAGGUCUCCUGUACCCUACAAGAGGUGGAGGUGCCGGUGCUCAGCAACGACGUCUGUCGGAAGACCAAGUACUCGCCCUCCAUGAUCACUGACAACAUGAUCUGUGCCGGGUACAUCAAGUCUGGGGAGAAGGACUCUUGUCAGGGUGACAGCGGCGGGCCGCUCAUCACGGAGAGAAAGCACGACAAGCGAUACGAACUAAUAGGUGUGGUGUCGUGGGGCAACGGGUGCGCGCGCGCAGGGUACCCGGGCGUGUACACUCGCGUCACCAACUAUCUGGGCUGGAUCCGGGAGAACACGCAAGAUGGCUGCUACUGUACCGAGUAGCCAAUCAGCAACUAGCUCGAUAUUGCUGGGCGAUUCUGUUAGAAAUUUAGCGGAGCGUUGUGUCAAAUU